AUGUACAGAAAUGCAGCCCUGCCUCCACUGAGCCCUCAUCCCAUCCCCUGCAGUGGAACGAGUUGUGGAAAGGGAUACGUAUGCAGCGUUACGCACAAUCAGCCACAAUGCGUCCCAGAACCUCAGACCUGCAAUACCAUCCAAUGCCAAGAGGGGACAGUGUGCAAGAUAGUAGAGGGCCAUGCCAGGUGUGUCCCUCACCCACCAUCUUGUCAUCAAGUCCAGUGCCAAGAAGGGUCAAUAUGUGACCUAGCUGAUGGCUUCCCUAAAUGUAUCCCAGCACCGGCAUCCUGUGAGAAUACUCAAUGCAAGCCGGGAACAGUGUGCAGCCUCAUCAAUGGCUGGCCCCAGUGUGUGCCCCACCAGCCUUCCUGCCACAAAGUCCAAUGUGAAGUUGGGACUGAAUGCGAGGUUGUCCAUGGUCAGCCUAAAUGUGUCCCAGUAACAGCAUCAUGCGGAGUCCUUCUUUGUGAUAAAGGGGCCAUGUGUGAAGUGAUCGAUGGCUACCCGACGUGUGUCCGAUUGCCACCAUCCUGCCUGCAUACCGUCUGCGAGCAAGGGACUAUGUGUAAUAUUGUGGAUGGUUGGCCUAAGUGUGUCCCAGGGCCAUCCUGUGCCAAUUUAAAUUGUGUGGCUGGCACUGAAUGUAAGACUGUGAACAACUUGCCCAGGUGUGUACCCGUCCUACCGUCCUGUGACAAAGUUCACUGCAAGCAGGGGACAGUAUGUAAGAUAGCUAAUGGGAUUCCCGCCUGCGUGCCCGUUGCACCUUCCUGUGGCACCAUUCACUGCAAAGAAGGGACAAUCUGUGAGAUCACCGAUGGCAUGCCCAAGUGUGUGCCCACCGUAAUAUCCUGUGACAAAAUCCAAUGCGCAGUGGGAAAUGUCUGCGAAAUGGUGAACGGGUGGCCCAGCUGCGUGCCCCUGCCGCACUCCUGUGAGAAUACUGAAUGCAAAACGGGAACAGUGUGUGAUAUUGUCAAUGGCUGGCCGACGUGCAUCCCAGAUAAACCAACGUCGUGUGCGUCCUUUGUUUGCACAGAAGAGGCCGUGUGUGAAAUGGUUGAUGGAAAGCCAACAUGCAUACCCAUCCCGCUUUCCUGUGACAGAUAUAAAUGCAGACAAGGAACUGUAUGUGAAAUAGUGCAUAACUGGCCCACCUGUGUGCCUUUGCCAUCUUCAUGUCAGAAAACAAAAUGCGCAGAGGGGACUGUUUGCAAAUUCAUUGAUGGAAGGCCCAAAUGCAUUCCCAUCCCUCCCACCUGCGACAAGUUGCAAUGUAAAGUGGGAACCAUCUGUAAAACAAUUAACGGAUGGCCAGAAUGUGUUCCAGCCCCUCACUCCUGUGAAAACGUCUACUGUAGACAAGGGACCGUUUGUAAAAUCAUCCAAGGUUGGCCCCAGUGCACAGCAAUCCAACCGUCCUGUGACAAAAUCCAUUGCAGUGAGGGGACAACUUGUAAAAUGGUUGAUGGUUGGCCUCAGUGUGCGCCUAUCCCACCCACCUGUGACAAACUUGGCUGCAGGGAUGGGACUACUUGUGAAAUUAUAGAUGGUUGGCCAAUGUGUGUUCCAAUCCCAGCCUCUUGUGACAAAAUCCAGUGCAAAGAAGGAACACUUUGUAAAUUAGUUGAUGACUGGCCCACCUGCAUUCCCAUUACAAAUUCGUGUGAAAAAUUCAGCUGCAGUGCAGGGACCAAGUGUGAGAUAUACGAAGGGCAUCCAAGAUGUAUUUCCGUCUCGCCUUCCUGUGACAAGUUCCAUUGCAAAGAAGGGACUCUAUGCGAAAUCAGUAGUGGUUGGCCCAAAUGUGUUCCACGUUCCAGCUUGUCCUCUUGUGAAAAAAUCAGCUGCAGUGCAGGGACCAAGUGUGAGAUAUAUGAAGGGCAUCCAAGAUGUAUUUCCGUCUCACCUUCCUGUGACAAGUUCCAUUGCAAAGAAGGGACAGUUUGUGAAAUCAGUAGUGGUUGGCCCAAAUGUGUUCCACGUUCCAGCUUGUCCUCUUGUGAAAAAAUCAGCUGCAGUGCAGGGACCAAGUGUGAGAUAUAUGAAGGGCAUCCAAGAUGUAUUUCUGUCUCACCUUCCUGUGACAAGUUCCAUUGCAAAGAAGGGACUGUAUGUGAAAUCAGUAGUGGUUGGCCCAAAUGUGUUCCACGUUCCAGCUUGUCCUCUUGUGAAAAAAUCAGCUGCAGUGCAGGGACCAAGUGUGAGAUAUAUGAAGGGCAUCCAAGAUGUAUUUCUGUCUCACCUUCCUGUGACAAGUUCCAUUGCAAAGAAGGGACAGUUUGUGAAAUCAGUAGUGGUUGGCCCAAAUGUGUUCCACGUUCCAGCUUGUCCUCUUGUGAAAAAAUCAGCUGCAGUGCAGGGACCAAGUGUGAGAUAUAUGAAGGGCAUCCAAGAUGUAUUUCUGUCUCACCUUCCUGUGACAAGUUCCAUUGCAAAGAAGGGACAGUUUGUGAAAUCAGUAGUGGUUGGCCCAAAUGUGUUCCACGUUCCAGCUUGUCCUCUUGUGAAAAAAUCAGCUGCAGUGCAGGGACCAAGUGUGAGAUAUAUGAAGGGCAUCCAAGAUGUAUUUCUGUCUCACCUUCCUGUGACAAGUUCCAUUGCAAAGAAGGGACUGUAUGUGAAAUCAGUAGUGGUUGGCCCAAAUGUGUUCCACGUUCCAGCUUGUCCUCUUGUGAAAAAAUCAGCUGCAGUGCAGGGACCAAGUGUGAGAUAUAUGAAGGGCAUCCAAGAUGUAUUUCUGUCUCACCUUCCUGUGACAAGUUCCAUUGCAAAGAAGGGACAGUUUGUGAAAUCAGUAGUGGUUGGCCCAAAUGUGUUCCACAUUCCAGCUUGUCCUCUUGUGAAAAAAUCAGCUGCAGUGCAGGGACCAAGUGUGAGAUAUAUGAAGGGCAUCCAAGAUGUAUUUCUGUCUCACCUUCCUGUGACAAGUUCCAUUGCAAAGAAGGGACUGUAUGUGAAAUCAGUAGUGGUUGGCCCAAAUGUGUUCCACGUUCCAGCUUGUCCUCUUGUGAAAAAAUCAGCUGCAGUGCAGGGACCAAGUGUGAGAUAUAUGAAGGGCAUCCAAGAUGUAUUUCUGUCUCACCUUCCUGUGACAAGUUCCAUUGCAAAGAAGGGACUCUAUGCGAAAUCAGUAGUGGUUGGCCCAAAUGUGUUCCACGUUCCAGCUUGUCCUCCUGUGAAAAAUUCAGCUGCAGUACAGGGACCAAAUACUCGUGUGAAAAAUUCACCUGCAGUGCAGGGACCAAGUGUGAGCUAUAUGAAGGGCAUCCAAGAUGUAUUUCCGUCUCGCCUUCCUGUGACAAGUUACAUUGCAAAGAAGGGACAGUUUGUGAAAUCAGUAGUGGUUGGCCCACAUGCGUUCCCCGUUCCAGCUUGUCCUCCUGUGAAAAAGUCAGCUGCAGUGCAGGGACCAAGUGUGAGCUAUACGAAGGGCAUCCAAGAUGUAUUUCCAUCUCACCUUCCUGUGACAAGUUCCAUUGCAAAGAAGGGACAGUUUGUGAAAUCAGUAGUGGUUGGCCCACAUGCGUUCCCCGUUCCAGCUUGUCCUCCUGUGAAAAAGUCAGCUGCAGUGCAGGGACCAAGUGUGAGCUAUACGAAGGGCAUCCAAGAUGUAUUUCCAUCUCACCUUCCUGUGACAAGUUCCAUUGCAAAGAAGGGACAAUUUGUGAAAUCAGUAGUGGUUGGCCUAAAUGUGUUGCCCGUAUGAGCCCACCUGCUUGUGAAAAAAUCAGCUGUCAUGCAGGGACUGUGUGUGAGAUAUAUGAAGGGCAUCCAAGGUGUAUUUCCAUCUCGCCUUCCUGUGACAAGUUCCAUUGCAAAGAAGGGACUGUAUGUGAAAUCAGUAGUGGUUGGCCCAAAUGCGUUCCCCAUUCCAGUUCACAAUUUUGUGGAAAUAUCAGCUGCAGUGCUGGGACUGUGUGUCAAAUGGCUUAUGGUUGGCCCAGAUGUGUUACAAUCCCACCCUCCUGUGACCAAUUUAGCUGCAGUGCAGGGACUGUGUGUCAAAUUGUUUCUGGUUGGCCCACAUGUGUUUCCAUCCCACCCUCCUGUGGAAAUGUCAGCUGCAACGUCGGGACUGUAUGUCAAGAGGUUUUUGGUGGGCCCCAAUGUGUUGCUGUCCCACCAUCCUGCGACAGAGCACAUUGUCAAAGAGGGACUGUUUGUGAGGUCAUCAGUGGCUUGCCAACUUGUGUACCCAUUCUGUCUUCCUGUAACAAAACUCACUGUGCCCAGGGAAUGGUGUGCCAGAUUGCACAUGGCCGGCCAACAUGUGUUCCAGCAGCAGCACCUUCUUGCGCUUCUGUACAUUGUCAAGUGGGGACUGUGUGUCGGCUUGUUAAUGGAUUCCCCCAAUGUGUGCACAACCCACCUUCCUGUGACAAAUUCCGCUGCAGUGUGGGGACUGUCUGUCAGAUUGUGAAUGCCUGGCCCCAGUGCGUUCCUCUGCCGAGCUCCUGUCAUAAUACCCAGUGCCAAAGGGGAACUGUAUGUCAACUUAUAAAUGGACGGCCCAAAUGUGUGCCAGUAGCAGCACAAGCAUGCCGUACAGUUCACUGCAAGAGAGGGACAACCUGUAAAGUUGUGAAUGGUGUCCCCAAGUGCGUGUCUGUUUCGCCCGCCCAGUCAAUCUGCUGGGCCUCUGGACAACCCCACUACCACACCUUUGACGGACGCAGCUACGAUUUCCAAGGUACCUGCACUUACACCGUGGUGAAGACCUGCCAACCCACUUCGGCUCUACCUUUCUUCCAUAUCUACACCAAGAGCCAGAAGAACUCCCGGUUCUCUUUCGUCAGCCAGGUCACCAUCUCUGUCUAUGGCUCCAACAUCACCAUGGUCAAGUACGAAUAUGGCCUUGUCAGAGUCAACCAAGUACGCUCCCGCCUGCCCAUAAGUAUGCAUGAUGGGAAGCUCUCCUUAUACCACAGAGGAGGCCAACUGGUUGUGGAAACAUCAUUUGGUCUGAAAGUUUACUAUGACUGGAACUAUUACCUAGUGGUGAAGGUCACUCCAGCCUUUCGGAGCCAUAUCUGCGGCCUCUGUGGCAACUACAACGGGGACCCCAAUGAUGACUUUAUGACAUCUUUGGGAGGCUUUGCCACCGAUCCUGUGGAGUUUGGCAGGAGCUGGAAGGUGGAAGAUGGUGAUAGCCAAUGCAGUCAUGGCUGCCACGGCAAAUGCUGGCGCUGUUCUCCGGAGCUGGCGACCAGAUACAGAGCGGAGACUUAUUGCGGCCUGCUUACUAAGCACAGAGGUGGCCCGUUCCGACAUUGCCAUGCCUUGAUUGACCCCAAGCCCUAUUUGAACGACUGUGUGAUUGAUUUGUGUGCCUUUGAGGGCUACAAGCAGAUAUUAUGCCGAGCACUGAAGACUUACGCUGAUGCCUGCCAAAGAGAAGGGGCAGUGCUAUCUGCCUGGAGAAAACAUGCCGGCUGCCCCAUGUCUUGCCCCGACUACAGCCAAUACAUGCCCUGUGGCUCAGCAUGUCCUGCCACCUGCACCAACCCUGAUGCUCCAAAGCAGUGUCACCUGCCCUGCGUGGAGACCUGCCAGUGCAAGGCUGGCUACGUGCUGGAUAGUGGCAAGUGUAUUCCCAAAAACCGGUGCGGCUGCGCCUACCAUGGUCGUCUCUAUGCGCCCAACGAGCAGUUCUGGGGUGACCAGCAGUGCCAUCAGCGUUGCUUGUGCAGGGCGCAAGAUAAAAAAGUGAUCUGCCAUGAGUCCCGUUGCAGGGAGAUGGAAGGGUGCCAUGUGGUCAAUGGCAUGAGAAAAUGCUACCCCACCUACUAUGGGACCUGCACUGCUGUGGGACAGUUGCAUUACGUCACCUUUGAUGGGUUGCGCUAUGACUUCUACGGGACCUGUGUUUAUCGCCUGGUUGAAAUCUGCCACAAGAGAGCAAACCUGACCCAGUUUCAAGUCCUGGUUCGGCAUGAAAGGAAGGGACACAAGGAUUAUCCUGCCACCAAAGCCAUUGAGGUCAAAGUCUAUGGUUUUACAAUCACAGUCAGCCAUAGUAAAGUCAUGUUGAAUGGAUUGUUGGUCCACCUGCCCUACAACAUUGAAUACAACAAAGUUGCCCUCUACCGCCACGGCUGGGAUAUUGUGAUCACGACCGAUUUUGGUUUAACUGUCGCAUUUGAUGGGACUAACAAUAUCCGUCUCACGGUGCCAGGAGCCUACAGGGGUGACGUGUGUGGCUUGUGUGGCAAUUUCAAUGGGCGGGCAGAUGAUGACAUGACUCUGCAACACAGCCAAGUUCUGACAACUAACCCAGGGGACUUUGGCCGAAGCUGGAAAGUUCGGGACAUCCCAGGGUGCAUUGAGAAGGAGAAGGAGGCCUGUCCAGACCUUGUGAACAUUGAACACACACAGAAGACAAGCAAGGAGUGUGGUCUCCUGCUGGACAUGCGCGGCCCUUUCAGGGAGUGCCACAGCAAGGUGCCACCUCAAUCAUAUUUCAAAGACUGUGUCUUUGACUUUUGCUCCAACAAGACCAAUAAAAAUGCCGUCUGUCACAUCAUCUCCUCCUAUGCCGCAGCUUGCCAAGCAUAUGGCACCAGGGUCUAUGAGUGGAGAUCUGCCAGUUUCUGUACUCCUAAAUGCAGCGCAAACAGCCGCUAUAAAGUCUGCACCAGCAAUUGCCCAGUGACGUGUCUCAGCCUCUUUAACCCAGUAGCGUGCACUACUAGAUGCCACGAGGGAUGCGAAUGCAAUGAAGGUUAUGUUCUGAGUGGUGACCAGUGUGUUCCCAUCUCCCAGUGUGGCUGUGUCCACCAAAGCUUCUAUUACAAGGCGGGUGACUCUUUCUAUCUCAACGGAUUCUGCAAGGAGCGAUGUGUAUGCCAAGUAGGUGGCAUCAUGGACUGCCACCGUUCCUCCUGUGGUCCUAACGAGGAAUGUCGUGUGGUGGAAGGUGUCCAGAAGUGCCACUCACUUGCCCCCAAGAGGAGUGGCUCUUGUCAUGUGGCUGGUGACCCACACUAUCUCACCUUUGAUGGCACCACAUUUGACCUCCAGAGCAAUUGCACCUACACCCUGGCUAGGAGCUGCACGCAGAAGACCUCCCUUCAGCCCUUCUCUGUCAACGUGGAGAAUGAGAGGCGGUCCAGGGGCAAGGUCUCUGUGACAAAGGUCGUGUCAGUCACAGCUUAUCAAAACACCAUCUCCAUCUUGCGGGAAAAGAGAGGCAUUGUCCUGGUCAAUGGUGCGAUCACCUACUUACCUUUCCGGUUGGUAAGUGAUGGUAUGUGGGCGUACUACCAUGGUGACAACAUUGUGAUUCGGACAGACUUUGGCUUAUUCGUCUCUUUUGACCAGCUCUACCAUCUUGUUGUCAGAGUACCUGAAUCCUAUCAGGGCCAGACCUGUGGCCUAUGUGGCAAUUAUAAUGGCAGAUCCAAUGAUGACCUCUUCCUGCCCACUGGCCACCCAGCCUCAAGCGUCCAAGUCUUUGCAGCUGCUUGGAGAGUGGACGUCCCCACGGCUGUCUGUGCAGAUGAUUGUGCUGCUUCAGUAUGUGGUGCAUGCAGAGAGAGCCGGAAGGCCAGCUAUGUACACAGCAGUCAAUGUGGCAUACUUCAAGCCCCAUAUGGGCCUUUCAGUGCCUGCUUUUCCACCAUCAACCCUGCAGACUUCUACAACAAUUGCGUGCAUGACCUCUGCAAAGCAAGAGGGAACACUGUUAUCCUCUGCCGGGCUAUCCAUGCCUACGUCACUGCCUGUCAAGCUGCAGGCGUCAAGAUCAAGCCUUGGAGGACAGCAGCAUUCUGCCCUAUGAAGUGCCCAGUCAACAGUCACUACGAUAUCUGUGUCAGAGCUUGCCCCAGAGGUUGCAGAGAAGCAGUCAGCAUCACCAAGUGCUCUAGCAACUGUGCCGAAGGCUGCCAGUGCAAAAAGGGUUACUUUAUGGCUGGGUAUCAUUGUGUGCCUAUUAGCCAAUGCCGGUGCUUUCACCAGGGCACAUGGUUUAAGGUUGGAGUGAAGGUGAUCACAGCCAACUGCAGGGAGGAGUGUACCUGCCAUCGUCAAGGUCGGGUCGUGUGCACACCUCUACCAUGUGCAGCUGGACAAACCUGUGUCCUGAGUAAUGCCAAGUGGACUUGUAUCCGGCAAGAGGGCCAUUGCACCAUUUCCCAGGGGCACAUCUUCACAACUUAUGACGGGGUCUCCGGAAAGGUUCCCCCUGUAGGGUCCUAUGAGAUCUCCACGCUCAUCAACGCCAAGUCUACAUCUUGGUUCCGGGUGGUGAUUCAGCUGCAGAAAUGUCCUGCAUGCCCCACACCCCUUGUGGUCACUGUCACAAUCUAUUUCCACAAGCUUAUUGUGCUGCUGAAGCAGGACAGCUCAGUCACGGUUAAUGGGCACCCAGUGCAUCUUCCAGUCCAGCCCUCAAAGGAAGUAUCGAUAAGCCUGGCUCAGGACUUGGUGACAGUGGCACACAGAUCAGGUGUGCGGGUUCUCUAUAGCACCAGAGGAGACCUGACAGUGGCCAUCAGUGGUGAAUUGGCCAACAAAGUAUUCGGAGCCUGUGGAAACUUCAAUGGGAAUGGUGCAGAUGACUUGCGGUUACCCAACGGUAGAGUAGCGCACACCAUUACAGAGGUCAUUAGCCACUGGCGAGUAACGACAGCUAUGCAAAAUGGUAUGUAAGGACAGAAACUUAAUCAAUUUUUCCCCAAUGCUUGCAUGUCUUAUUUCACUAAUCUAUUUAAUGAUCCCCACUGCUUAAGUCAAUGGGCAAGGGUGCAAUCUCCCCCCCCCCAAAAAAAGGAACUGGGACAUA